AUGAGUCUUUCUUGGCCAUGCUAUCUCAAAGACUGUGUAUCACCAAAGUGGAAAUCUGAGGAGCAUUGUGCAGAAUUUUGGAAUGGGACUUCAAAAAGCUAUGGUUUUAAGUUUUUAACAUAUGGAGAAUUUCAGAAGUAUUCAGAUGAAUUGGUGGAGUUCUUUAAACGACACCUAGUUUUUGAACCCAACGAAAAUAAAACACCGGUUGUUGCAGUGGUUUGGGCACCACAUAUACUGACAAGUGUUGUGAUUCAUGGCAUUGUUAAAUCGGGGUUCCCUUUCUUUCCGAUCCUACAUGCUACAGCUUCCUUUGACCUGGUAACGCUUCAAAAUCAUAUUGAUGUCAUUGUUGUACUUUGUAACCCCUCUGGAAUUACUCCUGUCGAUGGUUUCUUAAAGUAUCAAAGUAAUGCCACAAAUACAAUUGAUAGUUUGUUUUCUCGGGAUGACUGGUGUUUAUUCCUUCGUACCAGCUUAUUUUGCCCGCAAAUUGAUUGUUUUACAAGUCCAAUUACAGCCCCCAAUAGUCAUCUAAUAUACAUAAUUAGCACCUCCGGAAGCUUCAGUAAUGAGCGAAAACUAGUUUGUGUGGCAGAUAGUUGCUUAACAUCCAAUGUCAUAGACUUAGGAACACGAUUCCCUGGAGAUGAGAAUUGUAAUUCGGAAGAUAGUUGUGUGGUUUUGGCUUCACCUCUGACGUUUGAUCCAAGUAUUGUGGAUAUUUACUUCGCUCUCCUAACCCAUCGUAAUUUAGUCAUGUGUCCUUCUUCCAUUCUCAGUCAUCCCAAAAGUUUAUCCGUCCUAUGCAUGAACGCAAAUGUUGGUUGGUUGCAAUGCACUCCUAGUCAACUUUUUGGACGCAAUCGCCGUCAUCUCAAGAGGCUUUUAUCACAGCCGAACUUCAUAUUACUGCUUGGUGGAGAACCGUUUCCUAUGAGUGACUUAAAAAGCCUCAGAAGUUAUAAGGCUGCACUGUACAGUAUUUAUGGAACUACUGAAGUUUCUUCAUGGGCUUUGUUGUUCAAAAUCAGUGCUUCAAAUAUAGAUUUUGCCAAUAAUGACGUUCAUUGCGAAUGUUCACCUCCUUUAUAUGGAUCUUCACCUCUCGGAUUUCCUAUGCUAGGGACUACUUCCUCAUUGAUUCCGUCUACCAUCGAGAAUGUUUGGGAGCUGGGAUUGUCCCGUGAAUUUGGUGGUUUUGCUGUGAUACGUCCCAAAGGAUCGUCAGUUACUAUCGAGGAACUUUCUAAUGCACUUUCGCAGCUAGCCGUCAAAAAUAUGUGGCCAACUGCUGAUUUGGUUCAGUAUGGUGAAUGUGGAAGCUGUUUAUGGUUUUUGGGUAGGAAAGACCGCGUGAUUAAACGAUUCGGAUACCAGAUAUGUUUAGAACGUUUAGAACAUGCUAUAAAAAUGUGUACAUUACCAGGUGUCGAAAUUAAUAACUGUAGGUGCCAAAUUUCCGAAAGAUCAGCUAGUCGGAACUCAAUCAUCGCAUUCAUAGAGGUUGGAAUUCACUCUUCUAAAGCUCCUGUUAGACUCUCAAAAUCCUCAACUUCUAAUCACUGGAAAAGUAUCAAGUUACAUAUCAUUAAGAAACUGAAAACAAUUUUCCUACCGAACCCUCAGCCUUGGUUGCCGACUCACUUUGUUUUCUCUACGCGCUCCUUACCAAUUUCAACCCAUGGGAAAUUAGUUUAUAAACCUUAUAAGUUUUUCAAAUUUGCAACUUUAGCAAAGUCUAGGAUUAUUGCCAUAUGGAAUGAAUCUCUUGGAUUGAACAGCAUGAAUAUAAGUCACAGACGUAUGACAUUUCUAGAAGCAGGCGGUUCGUCAUUGAUGGCAUUAAAUCUUGUUGAGACACUGAUUCAAGAGUUCCCUACGUUGGCUCGUAGAAGGGACAAACUCAUAUCUUUAAUAUUUACACACCCGUUUGUUUGUAAUAUUGAAUACGAUAACUGGGAUCCGUUCAAUGUUUUUACAAGUGGCUCCUUGUCAAAAAUAUCUAAUUUAGGACACAGAGUUUCCCUGAAACUGAGAUGGCAACAUGAUUUACUUAAAUGUGUGGAUGCAUCACCUUUGAUAGUGUCUACUUCUGGGAGCAUAUCGAAUGGAUUCGCAUUUGUUGGCAGCCAUUCUGGUUUAUUUUCUGCUCUACAUGUCCCAGAUGGCCAUCCAGUUUGGUUGCUCCCCACGGUAUCUUUACCCGGACGUAUUGAAGCUUCUUCUGCAUUUGCAUAUGUAGGAGGAAGUACCGUACUUGCAGUCGGGACUUUAAGUGGAAAUUUGUGUACCGUCGAUUUCGAACAUGGGACUUUGUUGUGUUCUUAUGACACUGGUGGUGCUGUAAAGUCUCCUGCUUCAUAUUUACGUGACUAUGGAUUUUUAGUAGUUGGUUCCCAUGGUAAACUAGUUCAUGCCCUAGACUUACGUUCUAUGAAAGAAUUGAAACCCGUAUGGACGAAUCGUUUUGAUAACUCACCUAUUGUUUCCCCUAUUUCUUUAUCAUAUACUUCUCAAACCAGUGUACCGUAUCUUAUAAUUGGGAGUCUUGGGGGAUCUUUUGGCUGUUUAGACCCUAGAAAUCCUACUCAAUUAGUAUGGAUGCAAAAUGCGAAGGCCCCUAUUUUCAACAAACUCCUAUCAUAUGUAGGUUUCGACAAUAAGGUUAAUGUCAUUGUAGCUGCGGUUAGUGGGAAGAUUCAAUCUUGGUCUGUACUGGAUGGAAAUAUCAACUGGAGUUAUGAUUGUUCAGAGAAAUUAAAUGGUCACGCAAUAUUUUCGGAUCCUGUUCUUGAUUUUCAAACAAAUAAUGUUAUCUUAAGUACAAAUAAAGGUUUCUUAUUCGCAUUGAAUGUUUUCAGUGGUAAAUUAGUAUGGAUGCUAGAUUGCCGAUUUGCGUCAUUCCCCAGCAAUUUAUGCUCACUGAAUACACCAUCUUUAUUACAAAUCGAUGCUUUUCCAAAUGUAAACAACUGUUUGCUAGUCGAGACAAGAGCAGAUGGCAUGCUUUUUGCAUGUUCUUUACCUCCGUCAAAUACCUCAAAACUCUCUGUCCAACUUGAAUCUCCUAGUAUAUUGUCAACCUAUCGUCUACCCAGUCAAUGUUUUUCUUCUCCAGUUUUAUAUUCCCAUAACUCGAAUGAUGUAUUUGUUGUCACUGGGUGUAGAGAUAAUCAUGUUUAUGGAUUGUCGUUGUGA